GGGGGGAGUGGCUCAGAGAGCUUCGGGGGGGUGCCCUCGGUUCCAAUGCUGACCUAUCUCCCCCCCCCGCCCUUCUUGCCUCCUCUCAGCAGGGGCCUCGGCCCCGCGACUGCCACUCCUCGGGGUAUUGCACAAGUUUCGAGGUCACCGGAGACCCCCCCUAGCAGCGGCCUGGCUCUGGCCCCCUGAAGGGCUUGGCGGAGGCAGCGGCCCCAGCGGCUCCAUCCAGCCCUUUGGCUCCUCCUCAGCAUGGCUGGCUACCUGAGUGAAUCCGACUUUGUGGUGGUGGAGGAGGGCUUCAGCACCCGAGACCUGCUGGAGGAGCUCACUCAGGAGGCCUCACAGGCCACCAAGGGUGAGGUCGGUGCCCUCUUCGUGGCUGACCUGGGGGCCAUCGUGAGGAAGCACUUCUGCUUUCUGAAGUGCCUGCCGCGCGUCAGGCCCUUUUACGCUGUCAAAUGCAACAGCAGCCUGGGCGUGCUGAAGGUCCUGGCCGAGCUGGGGCUGGGCUUCAGCUGCGCCAACAAGGCAGAGAUGGAGUUGGUCCAGCGUAUUGGUGUCCCUGCCAGUAAGAUCAUCUACGCGAACCCCUGUAAGCAAAUUGCACAGAUCAAGUAUGCUGCCAAGCAUGGGGUCCAGCUGCUGAGCUUUGACAAUGAGGUGGAGCUGACAAAGGUGGCAAAGAGCCACCCGAGUGCCAAGAUGGUUUUGUGCAUUGCCGCCAAUGACUCCCACUCCCUGAGCCGCCUGAGCCUCAGGUUUGGAGCAUCACUGAAAUCCUGCAGACACCUGCUUGAAAAUGCCAAGAAGAGCUGCGUGGAGGUGGUGGGUGUGAGUUUUCAUGUUGGCAGCGGCUGUCCUGACCUUCAGGUCUACACUCAGUCCAUCGCAGAUGCCCGGCUUGUGUUUGAAAUGGGUGCUGAGCUGGGCCACAGGAUGCACAUCCUGGACCUUGGUGGCGGCUUUCCUGGACUGGAAGGGGCCAAAGUGAGAUUCGAAGAGAUUGCUUCUGUGGUCAACUCAGCAUUGGACCUCUACUUCCCAGAGGGCUGUGGUGUGGACAUCCUUGCUAAGCUGGGGCGCUACUAUGUGACCUCAGCCUUGACCUUGGCAGUCAGCAUCAUUGCCAAGAAGGAGGUUCUUCUGGACCAGCCUGGCAGGGAGGAGGAAAAUGGUUCUGUCCCCAAGACCAUCGUGUACCACCUUGAUGAGGGCGUGUAUGGAAUCUUCAACUCAGUCCUGUUUGACAGCACCUGCCCUACCCCAAUCCUGCAGAAGAAACCAUCCAUGGAGCGGCCCCAGUACAGCAGCAGCCUGUGGGGCCCAGUAGCUGAUGGCUGUGACUGUAUAACUGAGGGCCUGUGGCUGCCACAACUACACACAGGGGACUGGCUGGUCUUUGAGAAUAUGGGCGCCUACACCGUGGGCAUGGGUUCCUUCCUCAGAGGGACCCAGACCUGCCGCAUCACCUACGCCAUGUCCCGAGUAGCCUGAGAAAGAAGAAAAAGGCAUUAAACAUGGGGAGAAUGUUGAGACCUCCAGGCUUGUACAGGGGAAUCUGACAGAGGUCUUCUGGUGCCUGGACUGCACAGGCACUUGCCUCCUUUGAGUGCCUCCCUAAGUAAUGCACUGGCAGAGAACCCUCAUGCCGUUCUGGAGAACCAUUCUGGAGUCUCAGAAGUCAUUUUUCUUGUUGGCCCCCAUAGACCCACCCAUUCUGCUCUGGGACCUCACUUGAGGGACAGUCUGCUCUCAAUACCUCCAACCCACCUGUGCCCUUCUGAAGCCCCUCCUGUGAGCACACUCACUCACUCACUCUGGGAGAUUAACAGACCUGCUGCUGCCCCAGACCAAGCCGCCAUCCUCUGUCACCCUGGGGCUGGCUCCCGCCUUCUUCUUUACAGUCCACUCCACUCAGCAGCCAGAUCCUGUCACUCCCGUGAUUCCCAUUUCACCAAGAAUAAAGUUUGUCCUGAUCUAACUACCUGUGAAUCCCUCUCUCCCCAGCCACACUGGACUGUGUUCCUCAGAUACUCCAUACUGGGCCUGCUUUGACACCUGUAUUUAUGCAUUUACACUCCAUAUACCUGCUGGGUUGCAUUUACUGUCCCCUUCCUCUGGAAUGAUCUUCCCAGGUUAUCUGUGGGGCUUACUCAUCCCAUUCAGGUUCCACUCAAAUGUUUUCUUCCAGUAAGGACUUCUCUGAUCACCCUUUAGAAAACAGCAUUUUCCAGUCUCCUCUCUCUUAAUUGGUCUUUUUUUCUUCACAGCACCUACCACCACUCGACAUACAUUAUAACAUUUGUGUAGCAUCCUCUAGAAUGUGAGCUUCUUGGCAGCAGGAACCUUUAGUUUUUUCACUGCUAUGACCUUAUCACCUAUGACACAGGUGCUCAAAAAAGUGUCUGUAAAAUGGACAAAUGAAUAAAUCUAGCACGUAACUUGUCUGAAUCCAUUUACUCAUUUGUCAAAUGUGGCUGCUAAAUAUACACCCUCAGAGGGGUAUUGUGAGGAUUAAAUUUGAAAAUGGCAUAUAUCACUCAGCCUAGAGCCUAGCACAUCAUCAGGUACUCAAUAAAUGGAUACUGAAAGGUAAUUUUUUGAGUAUU